UUUGAUUCAAAGGGGCUAUAAAGAGGCCUGCCCGUCCUUGCUCUUCCGAGCUCCGUAGGGCCUGAGCGCUGCCAUGGCUUUGUUGCCGGAGGGACUGGACGAGCUGCCCGCCGCCUGCCUGUCGCCGUGCGGGCCGCCCAACCUGGCUGAGUUGUACAGCGAAACGCAGCGCCUGGCGCUCGAGGAGCUGGUGGCGGGCGGCCCCGACGCCUUCGCCGCCUUCCUGCGCCAGGAGCGCGUGGGUCGCUUCCUGAACCCCGACGAGGUGCGCUCCAUUCUGCGCACGGCCGAGCGGCCCCGCGAGGAGGGCGCGGCGGCGGAGGCCGAGGACUCCUUCGGCUCGUCACAGGACUGCUCGUCCGGCACCUACUUCCCGGAGCAGUCGGACCUGGAGCCGCCGCUGCUGGAGCUCGGCUGGCCGGCCUUCUACCGGGGCGCCUACCGCGGCGCCACGCGCGUCGAGGCGCACUUCCAGCCCCGCGGCGCGGGCGCCGGCGGCCCCUACGGCUGCAAGGACGCGCUGCGCCAGCAGCUCCGCUCGGCGCGGGAGGUGAUUGCCGUGGUGAUGGAUGUAUUCACAGACAUCGACAUCUUCAGAGAUCUGCAGGAAAUAUGUCGGAAACAGGGAGUUGCUGUAUACAUCCUUCUGGACCAGGCUCUGCUCUCUCAGUUUUUGGAUAUGUGUAUGGAUCUGAAAGUUCAUCCUGAACAAGAAAAGCUGAUGACAGUUCGGACUAUUACAGGAAAUAUCUACUAUGCAAGAUCAGGAACUAAAAUUGUUGGGAAGGUUCAUGAAAAGUUCACAUUGAUUGAUGGCAUUCGAGUGGCUACAGGCUCCUACAGUUUUACAUGGACAGAUGGCAAAUUAAAUAGCAGUAAUUUGGUCAUUCUGUCCGGCCAAGUGGUUGAACACUUUGAUCUGGAGUUCCGAAUCCUGUAUGCACAGUCGAAGCCCAUCAGCUCCAAACUCCUGUCCAGCUUCCAGAUCAGCGGCAAGUUUGACCAUCUAGUUGACCGGAAACCAUCGUCCAAGGAGCUCACGUUGGGCAAUCUGCUGCGGCAGCGGCUGGCCAGGCUCUCAAGCACCCCCAAGAAGGCCGAGCUGCUGUGUGGGGCACCCACCAAGGCCAGGGCAGAGGCCAGGCGCCACGACUCUGAGUCUUCCACCAUCAGUGAGGAAGACUACUUUAACAGCCACAAGGAAGAACCAGAAGGUGGAAAGGUGACUGAUGCCGCCACUCAGACAGAGCCAGGAGAGGAGGUGCCAGUGGUGCGCGUGAGUGACUCGGGAACACAAACCAGCACCGCCAUAACUAGUGCUGGCACCCAAACCACAGUUGCCACCAGGGCAGCGAGCUCGCAAACCAUGGUUCGGUUCAUGUCGGCCACCACCCAGACUGAUGUGGACGAGAAUGUUGUCUUUUCUCAGGGAACCCAGUCUAAAGAAGGGUCGCCUGUAUCAAAGAUGUCUGUCUCAAGAUCUUCCAGUUUGAAAUCGUACUCCUCGCUGUCUUCCCAAGGCUCUGUGGCAAGCUCCAUCGGCUCCCAGACUUCCAUCAGAACCACUGACCUCAUCCUUUCUGGACAUUCCAAGUACUGGGGCACCCCCCACUUUGACUCAUUUAGAAACUUGAAUAAAGAGCGGCAGUUUCACUUUUCUGCCAUCAGGUCCCGGCUCCACCAUAUGCUGGCCAUGUUGUCAAGGAGAACAGUUCUUACUGAGAACUAUAUUGGCUUUAAUUCUGGAAAUUUUACCAGAGCACCAGUUAAUUUACUGGCUAUUCGAGAUAUUACACUCUCUCCCUCCUAUCAGUGACCGCUCAGUGUUCAGAGCCCCCUGGGUUCCUCCAGGCUUGCAAUAGACAUCACCAGAGCAUCCUGCUCUGCAAAAUGUCUCCUGUCCCUAAUUGUUUUUCUUUUGCCUGACUUUUAGUCACCCUGAUUUUCUUUGAAUUCUAUAAACUGCACAUUAUUUUACAUGCUUUAAUUUUGUUUUUGUCAUGUAUAAACUGGCUAUUGGUUUUAUGGUUUAAACACUAUGGGUACAGUUUCUUUGCACAUUUUUAACAUUGAUAUCUCUUAAAGAGGUAAAUUCUGGUAAGAGAUAAAAUAUGUUUUGCAUUUUCCUAGAUUUGUGUGUUUUUCUGUUUAAGAGCUUUGAAUCACUAGUUUUUAUGGUCAAAAUCCUGUUUAGAAUAAAUGGUUUCUUAAUUGUCUCUUCUUUAGGAUAUCUGUGUUCUUAGUAUUAACUAAAUAUAAACAACUUUUAUUUGG